GCGGCUCCGUCGAUGAUGGGGUCCCACAAGGGAACAGCCGGUGGGAGUGAUUCGCGACACAGAUGAGGUAAUGGGGAAGACCUGAGGCCUGAGGUUUUGUGGAUUUAUGUAAUCUGCUAUGUAAACACGCGCCACAGACCGACUCUUGAAGUUUUUUCUAGUUUUUUACUCCAAGUCCAUGCCAGCCCGAAGCAGAUCUGCCCCGCCUUUUUGCACUCAAGACUUGGGGCAAGGCUGGCAACUCAGAACAGAUGGUCUUGAAGUCGAACAUCUGCAAAUGGAUCCCGCCGAUCUAGCAGAGUUUUCAACUGUCGAAAUCUUCAGAGAUUAUCAUCCUAGGUCAAUGUACUGGGUCGACAAAGACAAGGUUCUCAAGCUAUUCUCUUAUUUGGUUGAUGUCUCCGUCAUAGUUGCGAACAUGGACCUAGCCCGCACCAGGCUUCCGGUUCCACACGUGCUGCGCUACGGUCGAUCGGGCAACUGCUCAUAUAUCUUGAUGGAGAGGAUUCCGCAUCCCAACCUUGCCUUCGAAAUGCGACAAUUGGGAAUUAAGUCUAUGCCAUGGGAGUUGACGUGCACAAUGGACUACAUAGUUCGUCAACUUGCAGACUUAGGCCUAAGCCACAAUGAUCUCGCACCGAGGAAUGUUCUUGUGGAUCACAAUGGAAUGAUAUCCUCAAUCAUUGACUGGGAUUCUUGCACUCAACAUCACCGAGGUGGGGAAUAUUCCAGAAAGAUCAGAGGCAUUAACCCUAAUGGAAUGGAUGUGGGAGAGGAGAAUUGGUAUCAUAUCUUCUUGCGAUAUGCAUAUGAUCGUACAGGGGAGGAGAUAAUGAUUGGCUGUAGCAAGAGACUUCCUCGGCUGUUUCUACAAUGGCCUUUGGUCAAAUCCAAGGCAUACCAGCUUGUUUCGACUCCCAUAAUAGAUCCUCGCAAUCAGUCAUUCUCGCGACAGAAGAUUUGUCCCAUUACUCCGGAACCAGUGUAUGCGACGUUCAACUCUAUGCGCAUAAGUGAUCCGGCUGCUACGAAAUGUAAUGGGCCGUGAACCAUGGCAUCAAGCUGGGAGCUCGUUGAGUUGCUAGGAUAAGGGAAUGGGGAAAGGAUACCAUGGUUAUUGACCUUAGUGCUCAUGAGUGC